GACUGUCGCCCAGUGUCACCCAUCUGCUGCUCGUGCAGAUCAUAACCUACUCCCCUAGACCGUGUCAGUUUUGCUUUUCUUUUCCUCUCUUCUUUCCGGCUGGAAUAUGAGAGCCACCCGCACGGUCCGGGGCGCGUGGAUCGGAGAGACGGACACGAGGAGCCCGGCACAGGACCAGAGCAUGGGGUGAUGAGGACUAUCCUCUGCUAACCUUAAUGCAGAUGACCAGUGAUGGCCACAGCAUCACCUCGACAUUUGUUGGAUGACCUAAGAAACACAGGACAACAACAACAACAACAACAACAGGAACAGCAGCAGGAAUUGCCGAUCUCGCUGGAGGCGAUUGUCCUCACAAUCUUUCUCUCCAUUAUUAUCAUAAUGACAGUGUUUGGCAACCUGCUAGUGAUGGUGGCACUCUGCAAGGACAGACAUCUACGACGGAAGAAAACAAACUACUUCAUUGUGUCGCUGGCGUUUGCUGACCUGCUGGUUGCGUUGUUGGUGAUGCCUUUCGCUGCGAUCGAGCUGACCACCGGCCAGUGGAGAUACGGAGAAAUCUUCUGCUUGGUCCGAACCUCCCUGGACGUCCUGUUGACUACAGCGUCCAUUCUGCACCUCUGUUGCAUUGCGCUGGACAGGUAUUACGCUAUCUGCUGCCAGCCGCUGGUCUACAGACACAAGAUGACCCCAGUCAGGGUGGCAGUGAUGCUCAGCGGCUGUUGGCUCAUCCCCACAUUAAUCUCCUUCCUACCAAUCAUGCAAAGCUGGAACGCCAUCGGCAUCGAGGACAUUAUUGAGGAGAGGCGAGCCUUGGCAGGAGGCUCCAACGACACAAGCUGUGUGUUUCUGGUCAACCGGCCCUACGCCCUGAUCUGCUCUGCUGUGGCCUUCUACGUCCCGCUGGCCCUCAUGGUCCUGGCCUACCAGCGGAUCUACGUCACCGCCAUGACCCACGUGCGGCAGAUCGAGACACUACAGCGGGCCGGCUCCGCUCCUGUCACCGGUACGGCUCCGCUGAUCAGCCUUAGGCCCUCCACUUCCUCAGAUCCAUCGGAGACCAAUCGUCUUAGGCCAACAACGAGCUUCUCCUUAGAGCACGCCCCCAUAGCAAAUAGCCGCAUGCGUGUUGAGACUAAAGCGGCAAAGACGCUGGCGAUUAUAAUGGGUUGUUUCUGCCUAUGCUGGGCGCCGUUCUUCAUCACUAACGUGGUGGACCCCUUCAUCCAUUACUCAGUCCCCUGGCAGCUGUGGACAGCCUGGCUGUGGCUCGGGUACAUUAAUUCAGGGUUGAAUCCCUUCCUGUACGCCUUUCUGAACCGGGCGUUUCGAAGGGCGUUUCUGGUGAUCCUCUGCUGUGGGGAUGAGCGUUACGCACGGCGGGGGAGCUGCUCCUAUAGACACACCCACAGAGCGUGCUCGGCUGCGUCCGUCAACGGCACGUCUACGGCACUAAGAUUGUCCUUCCUGCCCAACCGAAGCUACAGCGACAACGGGCAGACGAUACUGGCCAACGAGCAGUACUAGGACUCUUGGACAACUAUGAGGAUGUCCAUGACAGAGCUGCGACAUCAGCAGCCAAUACGAGGGCCCUUUGAGUUUGUUUCGAGACGAAGACUUCAUGGCCGCUUGGAUUUCUCUUUGUUAACUGACCUGUUUAUGGGAAGGUUGUCUCACCUGGAUAUUCACUUUUCGACCGAGCAUCAACAUAUGACUUUUGUUGGUGCUGUUCAGGGUCAGAGGCAUCAGACAAGUGCAGAAAGUCAGAUCUGACUCUUGGGGAACGAAUGAGGCAUACUGGUGCAGAACUAAAAUGCUAACAGUAGAGUACUUGCGUCCAUGGACUGAAACCCAUUGCCAAUGCGUUUCACUCCGUGAAGACCUGUUCUUCUCAGUCGAACAACUAGAUCACAGGAGGUGAAGAGUGAGUCCGCGGUCCGGUGCCACAGAUCUCAGAAAACUACAACAGACUACAAGCCAAACUCUGGCUAACAAGAGGGCUGGAGUAAGAGGCCUCUCAUGCUUUUAACCUCUAUGAUGACAUCCCAUCACAGUUAUAGCAGCGCUAACUGCCAGCUGGUCAAACAGGUGACUGCAGGUCUCCUUAAAGUUCAGUUUAUUGUACAGAAGUUUGUAUUCUUGUCUUUUACCAGCAUCGACAGCACUCGGAAACUGCUGAAUGUAAUGUCAAAAGUGGCCAUUUUUUAUUCUUACCCUUCAUUUUAUAUUUCAUUUUGAAAUAGCUGAUAACAAAACACGAAAGCCAGAGGGUGUAAAAUCAGAAAUAAAUAAAUAAAAUACAUUUUUUGAUGAAAUACAGCAUCAUAAAAACGGUUUGUUGACCAUUGUGAUGAAACACUUGCCUAAACCUUUCAUGGCACAUAAAAUAUAGUUGCACUUACCUCUGUGGGUUGGACGUUUCCGAUUGUUAGUGAAGCUCUACAUCGUUGCAGCAAGGUGGGAAGCUUAAUGGCCAUGUGUUGAAAUCACUCCUCCUGCAAGGGGAUACAUUUUGCGACAUAUGUAAGAAUUUACUCUUGACUCCUUUGCGAAUGAAUAACACAUGGUUUUAAAGCACUGACAGUGCAUAUGCAUCCAAACAGACACACUGCCACUCAUGUAUCACAAGUAAAAGUUUGAGGAAUCUUAAAAAAACUGUUUUGUCUGAUUAAACAUUUGUGAAAUGAGCAUUAUUUCUUUAAAUUUACGUAUCACUUCAUCAGAAUAUACAGCCACCCAUCUGAGUAUUUUGCACCAGGACUUGAGAACUACCUUUGCAAAGAUGCGCCUUUUGUCUCUCGCAUGCCAGUCAGAGCAGACUGGGCUUUUUGGGAGGGGGUUUACAGAGACAGGCGCUGAAACGGAGCACCUUAGACAGUGGUUGAUCACAGUUAUGUUAAGAUGUUUGUGUAUUUUCUGAACUUUUAAGCAUGUAAACAUGUUCUAGGACUAGUAGAAACCCUAACUACAAGUAUGAACCAAAAAAAGGAGAAUAAUAUGGGACCUUUAAAUGCAUAAUAAUGCAAUAAUAAAUAUGAAUAUUUUCCUCCUUAGACUUGAUAAGCAUAUUCAGGCAAAGGUGAAUAUUAAAGUCUGAUGUCACUCAAAUGACGUAUUAGAGACUCUGUCCAUGCGUUGAGUUGGCUGAUGGUUGGACUGUGUUUUAAAGUGCCAUUAAGUGAUUUUUUUUUACCACUAGAGAUCAAUAUUCACUCUUAAGGUUUGAUUUGGUCUCUUUUUUUUUUUUACCAGCCAUCCAUUUUGACUCCAUUUUCUCUCUCUCUGCCUUUUUGUGUUGGGCAUUAAGCAUAGUCUCAGCAUGUAUGAGCUAGUUUGCGUGCAUCAGCCUCCUACAAUACAUAGGAUGCCUGUGAGAGCCAGGGCUUGGAAAAAACUAAAUAAUUAAAAAAGGGGUUAAAAGCAAUUAUAUACAGCUGAAAUCAGUUAAGAGCUUCAAAGUCUGCAUUUUUUCCUCAGAGGGGUUGGCAGCACUAGUGACCCGUUCACAUUACUCUGAGCCAUUUCAGUUAAAGAUUAAGAAAGGCCUCUUACACAGGAUGUAAAUCUCUCAUUUGAUGUUUGAUGCUCGGUUUACAUAUCUGAACUCCAUCUGUCUCUCUCUGUCUGCCUAUCACAACACGCUCAGGAGAUCGACACACAGAGGUGUGAUACCAUCUCAGUCGCCCACAUUCUGUCAUCCUUCAAUUGCAACAGUCAUGCAUCUCCGCCUCAGAAAACAAAGGUUAACUCAUCAUCUGUCCUUUUUUAUUUUCAAUGCACAACCUUCAAGUUUAGCUACAACGAUGACGAGCUGAAUGAAUGUCUUGUUACAAUGUGACAACUUUUAAUAGUUCACUGUGCCCAGUAUUUCAUCUUUAUUGUGCACAACGGAGAUGACGAAUAAACGGAGAAUUUGA